AAAUGGUGUAUGACGAUUCAUCCUGAUGUACACAGAGUAAAGUACAUGGAUUUAUAUUUUCUUUCUGUUUCUUCAGACCACCUGCCACUCGUAUCCAAGAAAAAGUAUUUAUUCCACAAGAUGAUCAUCCGCAUGUUAAUUUUAUUGGUUUAUUAAUUGGUCCCAGGUAAUUUGUCGCAAAUAACUAUAGAAUAUUCAAAAUUAGUUGUAUUUUGUUGUGUGGCAAACUUGCAAUUUGAUGUGUGUUCUUACAUUUUAUAGGGGAAAUACAUUGAAGAAAACUGAAAAAGAUGUAAGUAACUGUAGCAGGGAUUUCAAAAUAAGCCGGCAGCUACCGCCGGCUAGUAUAUUUAAAACAUUACUUCUAAAUCUGUAUCAUUCAUUGAAUUUUUAUCAUUUAUAGACCCGGAGCGAGGGGGAUCCGAGGGAAAUAUCAUCACUUCGGGAAAUAUUUCGCCGAAUCCCCCGAGCGGAGGGUCUAUAAAUGAUAUAUUAUACCGAAAAUUAAAAGCCUCCAAGUUGAGAAAUAAAAACUUGACACAUACCUUCGUGAAUACGAUGUUUUAGUUUCGGAUUAACGCAAGUAUCGUCGCUUUUCUUUCGAAUCAGAUAUCGUUUGGAAUAUUAAUGACAACAUUUUUCAAAAUUUAUUCCAAAAUUUUGAAAAAGCCCCAGGUUUUACAGUCAUUUACCCAGAUUAUUCAUCACUCAUCAAUACUAUUUAUACUUUGUCGGCCAUGUUGUUGUCAUGCGUGUUGUCUCGCGUGGUCUAUGCGAAUCAUAUUCACCGGUGAAUUUGACUCAUAUUCACCGGUGAAUAUGACUGAAAUUUCCUGCUGCACCAAAUACGAAUGACGUAAGCGCGAUACGAUGAUAAAUUUCAUGCUCACGUGGUACAAAUCUAGCUUCCUGAUUGGACAAUUUAAAUUUGAGGUAUAAUAUUGUAAGUUGUAACAUUGGCAAGAGAAUAGUUAGCACAAACAUAUAGAAGUGAUUUUGACACUAACUACAAGAAUUUGGAAAUAAGAAUUUCAUCCAUUCUUAUACUGCAGUAGAAAGCUUAGUUGACUACCAAUUGGUGAAGCCACAAACAGGACAAAAAGAUGAUCACACCAUUUAAUUUUUUAAUUUUUAGUUUAUAAACUUUGCCGAUGAAACAGUACAUUACAUAACAGGACAAAAACAAACGUACAUAAUGAAAUACAGUACAUGACCACGGCUGGGUGACCGCAACAGCGAAUAGCCAAUUACUGCGAAUAGCCAAUUACCCACUUAUCCCAUACUUGUAAAAUAUUUCUUUCAGUGACCUAUUUGAAAGCCCAACUGUAGUAAAAGGUUUUUUGGUUUAUUGAUUAAUCACCGCAACCUAAUUAUUUCUUAAAAACCAAAACAAAUUCUUUCAUUUUAUCAUUAUUCUAGACAAACUGUAAGAUAAUGAUUCGUGGUAAAGGAUCGGUGAAAGAUGGAAAGGUCUGUAAUACAAUAGUUCAGGUGUUAUAGCUAAAGUAAAAAAUUUGGCUUUAUAUGCCAUUUUAACUAGCAAGUUUCUAAUCUAGAUCUGCCAAUAAUAACAUCACUAUUAUGAAAAAUAACUGUGAAUGACUUGUAUCCUGACUGGAUAUUACAAAUAAGAUUUCAAACAGGAUAACUCUAGAUGUCUUCCGGUAUAGUCUCCCAUUAGCUUUGAAUGUAGCCUGCGAACAGGGUCUGUGAAUUGAAUUAGAGCCUGCUGGUUUAGUCGAUAAAAAUACGUCCGUGCCCAUCACUAUUUAUAGUGUUGUCAAUCAAUGUAAAAUACAAUGUGACAAAUUAAUUAAUACAGACACGCCUUAUGUAAUAGCCUGCGAAUAUAUGUAAACAAAACGCAAAUAUCGAUUCAAACAACCCUGAAAUUCCCUGAAGUGAAUUCACGUGAAUAAACACCGCAACGACUUGAGUUUGAACAACUACGGCGUACUAGAAUGCUCACGAAUGCAAAUUAUAGUCGCCUUUGUCUUAGAGUAAAGAUGCUAUUGUUGAUAUAAGAAUGUUGCCGUUGUAUUUGCCAAACUCUCUUAUACAGCAAAAACAUCGUUUCCGUCUAAAAUAUUGUUAAGAGCUUUUGACUCUCACGUACCCUUUAACUUUAAACAAAGAUUUAGUUUAAAAUUUCUACACAACUCGUCUAAUACAUUUUUUAUCGCUAUAGAACGAUAUUUUUCAAUUUCCGCACUUUGUGUUGACACCUUGAAUCUAUUGUUGUGUAAAUUUAAUUACCUUUUAUGGCAGUAUAAUGUAGUUAAUUCAAUUUCAACCAAUGGGAACCCUGCGUCGUUCUAAGCAACGCACAGACGCGUUUUUAUUAGCUAGGCCUGCAGGCUCUCUCUCAAAUUUCAAAGGGAGUUCAAAGAGAGCCUGUUCGCAGGCUACUUUGAAUACUACGAGUCUGCCUUCGAUUUCCAACUUGGUGGUCUAGUUGUUGAGACUCCUGUUGGUAUUGUAAUUUAUAACAACGAGAGACAUGUACUGUCUACUUACUACUUUGGUGGUUCGGGAUGAUGACAAAAUUUAUGGUAACCAGUUGGGGCCAGCGCUAGUCAUCAAGUAGUCGGCAAAAUAUUGACUCCCAUUCGGCAAAACAUGGAGAAAUUUACAAAAAAGUUAGAUAAAAAUGGAAUGGAGAAUGAUGGUUAAACACAAAAUAAGAUUGAGAAAUAUGGUGUCCAGUUGUGCCACUGCUAUUAAUUAGUGAUUGUAGUGACUUUGGCCAAAUGUGUCUUGAUAACUCUGCAAAUUUCACUUACCCCCCCCCCCCCAAAUUAAAAGAGGUCUAGUGCUGCCCCUGUAACCAGUAUCCCGGAUUCUCAGAUGGGAUAUAGAACUUUGAUUCCUGGUACAUGUAUCUCAGUAGGGUAAAUUUGAGACCCUCGUAUGUUUCCUUGGUUUAAUUAAUGGAUGAUGCAGAAAUGAAAUUUAAUCGUUCUCAAAUGUUGUAUUAUUAGGGUCGUAAAGAUGGCCAGCUUCUGCCAGGAGAAGAUGAAAUACUUCAUGCUUUAAUCACAGGCCAGAAUCAUGAAUCUGUUAAGAAAUGUGUUGAUCUGGUAGGCUUCAAACUUUUUGGGAUCUAUUCUGUUUUACUUUUGACUCGUUAAGACCCCGUUUGCACUAGAGUGAAAGAUUUCUCGUAAAUCCGAAACAUUAGUGCUGUAUUCACAUUGCCAUAUACAUACAGGUACACAUGCUAGUGGCUUGUUCAUAGAAGCCCAGCUAACCAGCUGUUAACAACUUGUAACGAGCUUGAUGGCAUUAUCAAACUUGCUACAAGGUUGUUCUAACACGUCUGAUACAGUCAUGAUAUAACAAGAAUGUUACAAGGUUGGCCACACAAGGUUGUAGCAACAUUGUUAUGUCAUGACUGUAUCAGACUUUCAAGUUGCAACAAGUCUGAUGAUAUGCCUGUGAUGUUGCUGUGAGUGUAUAUCCACACCGGGCAAGCUUGAAAAAUACGCCUGACCACGGUGGGAAUCGAACCUACGACCUUUGAAAUACUAGCCCAAUGCUCUACCUACUGAGCUACGCGGUCUGGUCGGUUUGAGUAUGUGAUAUUUCGGAACAGAAUCUAGUUCCUUCGAUAUCAAUCUAGUUGCUUCGCGUAGCUCAGUAGGUAGAGCAUUGGGCUAGUAUUCCAAAGGUCGUAGGUUCGAUUCCCACCGUGGUCAGGCGUAUUUUUCAAGCUUGCCCGAUGUGGAUAUACACUCAGAGCCACAUCACAAGCAUUUAUUCACCUGAGUACAUUGCACCAACACAGAAAAUAUCAAGUCUGAUGAUAUCAACAAGGUUGUUACAAGUUGUUAACAGCUUGUUCCAAACUUGUUGACAACUUGGGACAAGCAGUGCGAAUACAACUUGUUGACGGCUUUUUGGGAACCGGGCUGAUAUGAACAGACCCUAAGACCCUAUAAAUAUUUCUUCAGAUCAAAACAAUUAUCAAGCAAGGUGUAGACGCCCCAGAAGGUGAAAACAGUUUAAAGAAACUACAACUGCGUGAGCUUGCAGCACUCAAUGGUACAUUGCGUGACGAAGAGAUAGUACGCUGCAGGAAUUGUGGUUCAUCUGAGCAUAAACAUUGGGAAUGUCCUGAGCAACCUAACUUCACAGCGACAUUAACCUGUACAAAGUGUGGAUCAAGCGGUCAUAUUGCUAUGGAUUGUACAGUUACACAACAAGAGUAAGUGAAUUAUGGGAUAUGUUUUACCCCCAAUUAUAGUCUGUCAUACAAUUUAUAUAAAAAAGUUAUCAAAGUAAGUUGUGUAUACCGCUGAAGAUGAAUCGAACCCAGAUUAUAGAGCUGUGCGGUGAACCGAUAUAAAUUAUUCGGUUGGUCUGGUACUUUUUUUAGCACAGUGAGUCGGCACUGAGCAUGCGCAAAAGAAUCAGUAGCUUCGGUUUUCCAUGUUUUACUGUUUCCAGGAUUCUCACUUUUAAGGAAAUUUCAUUAAACUGACGUCAUUUGGACCUUUUUAAAGAUGUAAACAAAAUGUUGAUGAAAUUUUUAUCUAGACUUUUGUUUGUUAGGUAAUAGGUCCAUUUGUUAUAAGGCCAAAAAAAAAUAUGUGGGUUUCCGGUUUCCCGACCCUACCUAGCUUUUGGACGUCGAAAUCCCGACCCUAAACUUUUUUAUUGGAUCGUGCUUGUAAGUGUUUCCACUUAGAGGAAAAAGUUUGUGGAAAAUUGAAAUUUGAGGCAAUAUUAGGGAAAUUUAUCUUUGGAUGUGGAAGCACUGACUAAACAAAAUGGCGUCCGCUUGUUCGGAAAAUUAAAAAAAAAGUUUAAAAAAAAGUUAAAACCGACCUACCCUACCUAAGUUUUUAUAAGAAGAAACCGGAAACCCACAUAUUUUUUUUUUGGCCUAACUUGUUUAGUUUGAAGUUAUAUAAUUGCAAUUUAUUGAGAAAAUGCUUUGCAUUGUUCUUCUUCGAAACCAAACCGAGGUUCUUUUCCCCCAAAAGACCGAAACCAGAACCGAGUUGAAAUUUCUAGAACCGGCACAACUGCUAUUGUUUCGAAAUAUAGAGUUUAAAAAUGUGUGUUACAUGACAGCUCUAGAAUAACUUUAACUUUAUAUUUGUUGAGGAUUCUAUACUGUUCCCAAGACAAUGAAGUUAUAUACUGAGGAAUCUUAUUUUUACACAGGAUUACUAACAUUUUAUCUGCACCGCCAAUACAGGAUAGUGCGAAGAUGGAUAGCGAGGUAGGACAAAACGACGACUGAAAUUAUUAAAUGAGAUGGGCAGAAGUGGAAAAUGUUGUUUUUUUUCGUUCUGGGAAGCGGGGUUUAGGGC